UGCGGCUGCCCUUAAACCGUCGAAAAUGACUAAGCUUUCGCACACCGAUGUCGGACCAAGCUAUCAGCAGCUGCCUCUUGUAAACUUCUCUCACUACUACCGUCCACGACGGACAGCGAAUGAAAGAAGAGAUCCAUGGAUAACUGCACAGCAACGUGAUGGCUGACUAUGGCAUCGGAUCACUUCCGCCUCAACCACGCAAGCGCCUUCGGAGCAGCGUUUCUCAAGCGGAGAAAGGUAUAUAAUGACUGACUCCCUCCCUCCCACUUACAACAGGAUAGAGAUCUGCUUGUAGCUCCAGCAACACUUUCAUUCACAUACCACAUUGCCACCAACGUAUAGCUCAAACAAUGGCCACCAAGAACUACCUCCACGGACACCACGCCUCAGUCCUCCGCUCCCACAGCUGGCGCACAGUCCAGAACUCCGCUCCCCAUCUGAUUCCACACCUGACCUCUCCAACUCUCAAGAUCCUCGACGUAGGCUGCGGCCCUGGAACAAUCAGCGUGGACCUCGCACAGCGGGUGCCGCAAGGCUUCGUCUAUGCCAUCGAUCCCUCCGAAGCAGUCAUCGAGAAAGCACGCCAGCAUGCUGCCGAGAAGGGCGUCAGCAAUAUACGUUUCGAGGUCGGGGAUAUAUUCAACUGGGAAGCGUUAGAUGGGGUAGAGGAGAAGGGUUUCGACAUCGUGCACGCGCACCAGGUGCUGCAACAUUUACAAGACCCGCUGGGCGCGAUGAAGGAGAUGAAGCGCUUGACCAAGCCUGGGGGUAUUGUCGCGGUCAGAGACGCGGAUUACUCGGCAUUUACUUGGUACCCCGAGAUCCCCGGGUUGCGGAAAUGGUCGGCGCUGUACCUCAAAGCAGCGCAGUCGAUAGGUUGCGACCCCAACAUCGGAAGGAGGCUGCAUGCCGUGGCUCUGGAGGCGGGGUUCGACAGGAAGGACAUUGAGGCGAGUGCGGCUGUGUGGGUGUUUAGCACGCCGGAGGAGAGGAAGUGGUGGUGUGGGCUUUGGGCGGAGAGGACGCUGCAGAGUGAGUUCAAGCACAAGGUGCUGGAGAAGGGGCUGGGGACAGUGGAGGAUUUGGAGGCCAUCGCGGAGAGUUUCAGGGAGCUGGAGGGCAGGGAGGAUGGUUGGUUUUCGGCCAUGAACGGGCAGGUGAUAUGUCAUGUUAGGGAUCCUUAGACAGAGGUCGACUUCAAUCCUGCAGCUAUUCCAGUCGCCUUCAAACGUUUACCAAAUUAUCAAACACCUACACCCCCACGCUU